UACAGACCACCCAAGACCGUCAAUGGACUAAUAUUUACGAAAAUAACUUAAACACACAAAAUAUUAGUCAUAACUGCGAUACACGUAACUCUACCCCAGCAUACUAUCCACAAGGAAUACCUACCUCCCCCCCAUCCAAUCUAAAUUUUCUCAGCCAACACGAAAUUUCAGCCUCAAUAUUGACGCAAAUAGCACACAUACUGUCAAGCCACUUAUCACCGGAUGGGAGGGCGAUGCAUUGGAGGCACGGUAUUAUGAACACCUCACACCCGCCGGGGUAACAAACGAUGGCACAUCUCUCUGUGCUGAUACUGGUGUAGGGCACUUUUCCAGCACUGCUAGUAAGUGGCCACCAUCUGAGUUAGCACCCAUCAAACAAUCUGUUCUAGACGCCAUAAACCUUGGAGAGAAUAUUUUUAAAGAUAUAUGCGAUUUCACCGUCACCCCUAACUCUCUCUCAUUCUGUCUUAUCAAUGCUCGCUCCUUACUCAACAAAAUGUUCGACUUCACGACAUUAUCCCUAAUUUGCAAUCCGUCUCUCAUAAUGAUUACUGAGACAUGGUGCACUCCUCAGAUUUGCGAUAAAGAUAUUUCUAUUGAUAACUAUUAUGUAUUCAGAGGCGACAGAAACUAUGGUAGAGGAGGAGGAUGUGCUAUGUAUAUCAGGUCUGAUAUUAAGGCCACACAGUGCUUCUACCCAGAGCUCAUCACAGAUAACGAUUCAGUGUGGGCUAUUCUAAGACUGUCUCACUCCAGUUCCUAUCUUAUAGGUUGCAUCUAUCACCCCCCGUGCUCAACCGUUGAAGGUAAUAUGAAGCUUGCUAGCACGUUCGCUUACGCCACUUCACUACCUCACACGGCUAAAAUUAUAUGUGGGGACUUUAAUAUGCCCGAUGUAGUCUGGCAACCACUUUCCUCACCAAAACGGUACAAUGAAUUUAUCAACAUAAUAGAAACAAAAGAAUGGCAACAACACGUACAGUAUCCUACCAGGCUAUCUAAGAUUUUAGAUCUAGUUUUCACUAAUGGUAUCAUCCCCACUACCCUUCGAGUAGGUAAAGAGUUUCCUGGCAGCGACCACAGAGUAGUAUUCGGUACAUUUAAUAUUUGCACUAGCAUGAGUUCGACAAUAAACGCCAACAAAGUAUUACUCAGGGGUUACAGACAUGCUCAGUGGGAUGAACUGAAACCAUACAUACGCACCCUAGACUGGGAGCCAUACUUUACGUGCAGCUCGGCUAUAGAGACAAACAAAUUACUCUAUGAGAACCUAGGAUUUGCACAUGACUUCAUCGCUCCAGUAAGACUUGUGAAAACGAGGCCUAAACAGCCCGACUUCAUCCCCGUAAAGAUUCGAAACCGACUGCGUAAGCAUGCUAGGCAAUUCUACAGAUUUAAUGACUUUUCAUCACUCAUUACACUCAAGCAAACUUAUGAUUCAUACAAAUCUAAUCAGUUAUCUGAGUCCAUCAAACUAGAACGCAUCCUCCACUCACGACCUGAUAAUACAGAGGCAUUAGUUAAACUAAUUAAGUCACGAAUCAACAACAACAGAAUAAGUAUCCCUAACUUAUUACUAGAUGGAGAAAAACUACACGAAGACCCGCAGGAGAUAUGUGAGUUAUUCAGCUCCCACUUUUCUAGCUACUAUACUAUCGAAGAAACAGUAGAUAGUCUUGAAGUUCCGACAAUACCAAAUCACUUUUUGGGUAAUAUAACAUUCACCCAACAAAAGAUUUCCUCCGCUAUAGCAUCCCUCCGGACAUCAUAUAACGCUGGGCCCGAUGGAAUUCCAUCUAUCUUGUUGAAAAGAGGUGGUGAGGAUAUACCCAUUAUCCUACUAAAGUUUUUCAUUCUGUCCUUAAAUAAUGGCAGUUACCCAGAAUGCUGGAAACUGUCGUUUAUAACCCCUAGGCACAAACAAGGACCAACUUCUAACAUCGAAAACUACCGACCGAUUAAUAUCACGUCAGUAGUUUCCAGGGUUAUGGAAAAGGUUAUAGGGCAAGAUAUUGCUUCAUACCUCCACCUUCACAAAGUGUUUACUCCAGCACAACACGGCUUCUUGAAAAAUCGAUCAUGCUCCACCUGCCUACUUGACUACUUUGAUGAUGUUACCGCUAAGCGUGAUCAUGGUUUGUAUGUCGCAACUCUCUUCUUUGACUUCAAAAAAGCCUUUGAUAAAGUCCCACACAAGAGACUAAUCCUUAAGCUAAAGUCGUACGGGUUCCAAGACCCCUUGUUAUCCUGGCUCAUUUCUUUCUUGGAAGAUCGUUCCCAAGUUGUGAAAUUUGCAAAUAAUUACUCGUCACCCAGACCUAUAAGAAGUGGAGUGAUUCAGGGUAGUGUACUAGGUCCACUGCUUUUCGUAAUCUACAUUAACGACAUCUGCAGCGUAAUCAAGCAUGGUACCCCAUACCUCUUUGCUGACGACUUAAAGAUUGUAUACAGCUUCCCCCAUUCUACACUAAACGAAGGAUUCACACAUAUUCAAGAUGAUCUGGAUAGGUUACAUAACUGGAGCAAUGACUGGCAACUGCCAUUCAAUUCUGAUAAAUGUGGUGUCCUAUAUUUCAAUAACUCCCAUCCGAAUUUCAGGUUACACCUAGGUAACUCUUUUCUCCAAACCCUCAGUUCCAUAAAAGACCUGGGAGUUACCUACUCACAAAACUUAACAUUCAGUCAGUACGCAAAAGCACUUGUUUCUAAAUGCCGAAGACUCACAGGCUUGUUACAUCGAAAAAUGUACACAAAUGAGGCUAAAGUCCUUUUAUACAAAGUCAUGGUUCGUCCAGUACUUGAAUACUGCACAAUUGUCUUCGGUUUCAUGCAUGGGUAUGACAGGGUUCGUAUUGAAAAUAUUCAGCGAAGUUUUACUCGACGCCUAUUAUACAAACAUGAAGGACUGACUUACGCUGAUAGGUGCAAAAUGUAUGGACUUCAGCCACUUUGGUUAAGGCGCCUGAAACUCAACCUUACAUUCCUCUUUCGCCUUUUACACGGCUACAUCAAAAGCAGUAAUCCAAUAGCUUUCAAUAAUUUACCCAUAUAUACUCUUAGGAAUCAUGAAAAUACUCUAUCCAUAAGCCGGUUCCGGACAAAACUGCGAUCACGUUUCUUUAAAAUACAGUACAGUGCAUUAUGGAACGAACUUCCACUUACUGUACGUAGUUGCCGAUCUCCUACUGAAUUCCAGCGUCUACUUAACGAGUUCCUGUCAACAAAAGAGCUUCGGUCUACUUAUCCAUACUUUAUCCAUAUGGGCCGCUCAACUAGCUUUAGUACUACAGACCCCAGUGCAAUACCCCCAAUUUGAGGAAACUCAUUUGCCCCGGCAACCGGACCUCAUCUAUAACGUGAUAAAACCAACCUAAUCUCUCCCACAUGCCUUUACCUAAGGUUCGGUUAUUCAGCUUACUAGAGAUCCUAUCGAUAUUUCUUCAAUCGGGUUUAUAAACUCAUUAGACUC